UCAUUAAAUCCCUGAUGUAGUUGAACUAACAGCGGAUAUAGGAUUUUCUUUUCGAAGUGUCACUUAUAAUUUAUAAACUGUUGAUAGAUUUAUCAUUUUUGUGAAUGUCCACGGAAAAUUGAAGUGCUCAAAGAAAGAGUCUUUCAGUUUUUCUAUUUUUAAUUUUUGGGAUGUUCACGAACGCUCUUAGUUAAAAGGGUGGACCCGCCCCUGAGUUGAACUAAAGACAAGUUGAAUGUUUAGUGCCAGAGCAGCGGUAGAGAUUUGAUAUCCGAAUCAAUGAGAACGUAUCUUCCUGCUUGCAAAAUGACUGACUGUGAAGGAAACGCAAAUAGGUGAAAAUAAUGACGGGGACCGCAAAAAUAAAUUGAACCUUGAAACGGUUCGUUUUUUGUUCAAAGGUCCAGAAGGACGAGGACAACAAAAAGGCCAAGCAGGCUGCUGUUUACGGUGGGGCCCCGAUCCUCUAUUCCUUGAGUAGUCAGCAAUCAGUGUAUCACAACCACCAAAACGUGUGGUUCCAAUUCAAUAACGAAAUGGGAAGCUUUUAAUGCAUCUUUCUUUCUGGCAUUUCAUCUCUUAAAAGUCGUCGUCUCCAAGCUUCUCUUACAUACAUUUUUAAGCUUAUAUUUAGAUGAUAUAUUUGGUUUGAGUUACUUUUGUUGAAUUAUCGGUAUCACGUGUACUGAGAGAUAGAAGAGUAUUACUUUUGGCUUUGGUGUUUUUCACAAUUGUAUCAUUUCAUGGCAUCUUCAAUGCUUAGUGAAGCUGAAAAUCUGAAGCUCAUUAGUGGAGCCACCCCAACGGGGUUAGGCUUUGUGGGGUCAAAUUUUCAUUUUAAGUGCUUUCCACAGAAGGGUUUACUUUCUUAUAGCAAGAAUCAAAAGACUAGAAUCUUAGCACCCAGAUGCAGUAUAUCAUCCCCAAGGCCUGCUUCUCAGCCUAGGUUCAUACAACACAAGAAAGAAGCAUUUUGGUUUUAUAGGUUUUUAUCAAUAGUGUAUGAUCAUGUCAUAAACCCUGGUCAUUGGAAUGAGGAUAUGCGCGAUGAGGCGCUUGAGCCUGCUGAUCUUUAUGCUAGAAAAAUGACAGUAGUAGAUGUUGGGGGCGGAACUGGGUUUACCACUCUUGGUAUAGUGAAGCAUGUGGAUGCUAAGAAUGUCACGAUUCUCGAUCAGUCACCGCAUCAGCUUGCCAAGGCCAAGCAGAAGGAACCUCUGAAGGAAUGCAAGAUAAUUGAAGGUGAUGCGGAGGAUCUCCCAUUUCCUACUGAUUAUGCUGACAGAUAUGUGUCUGCAGGAAGUAUUGAGUAUUGGCCAGACCCACAGCGUGGGAUCAAGGAAGCUUACAGAGUUCUGAAAAUAGGAGGGAAAGCCUGUGUUAUAGGUCCUGUAUAUCCAACAUUCUGGUUAUCUCGCUUUUUUGCUGAUAUGUGGAUGCUGUUUCCAAAAGAGGAAGAGUAUAUAGAAUGGCUCAAAAAGGCUGGUUUCAAAGAUGUGAAACUGAAAAGGAUUGGGCCAAAAUGGUAUCGUGGUGUCCGAAGACAUGGCUUGAUCAUGGGUUGCUCUGUGACUGGAGUGAAGCCCUUGUCAGGAGACUCUCCACUGAAGCUUGGUCCAAAGGCAGAGGAUGUCGAGAAACCAGUUAAUCCUUUUGUGUUCCUUUUGCGGUUCAUUCUUGGGGCAAUAGCGGCAACUUACUUUGCAUUGGUUCCUAUUUACAUGUGGAUCAAAGAUCAAAUUGUUCCAAAGGGCCAACCCAUAUGAAAUGAGUGAACUGGAAAAUAAUGAUCAAAUUCUUUUGCUUUUAUCUCUAGGUGACUGCUCUAUUUGACUGGUUACUUGCUUUUGCCUCUUGUUCCAAGAUUUUGUAACUAGCCGUGCGAGAUAUCCAAGUAGGAUAAUAAGUGCAAGCUUUACCCUUGUUAUGUGGCCUUAGUAGAGUAGUAUUUCGUGCACUGCACUAAGAGAAAAUGAUCUCCAGACUCAGCUUUUCACAUGUAAAAAUCGAUAUUUUUUGUCAAAUGUGGGCAAUGCUUCACGGAGAUGCAGUUGCAAUUCUCCUCCAAAACUGAUUCUUCACAGAAAACCAUAAACAGAGUCAUCUAGUUAGAGAGUCAGCAUGACAAUUUUUCUUUUCAGCUUUUGGCAAUUUGACAAGAUCAUGGAUGAUUAAAAGGGGACUGAAAUAAUAUGAAGUCUACAAUUAAAAGCAGCAUUGUUGUCUCUGAGGAAGUCUUGUCACCCUUUAAUCCUCCAGCAGAGGUUAGACAAUGGCUCUGUUUCGGUAUCUGAACCAUCGUCCCCUGCUCUAUGUUGGUGCUCAAGUUUCUCCUGUAACCUCUUGGUGGUUUGAUCCCAUGAUACUCGCUGUAACUUGAAAUGUGCCUGUAAAAUUUAGACAGGUAACGUUCAUGAAAUUCUCCUUCAC